AUGAAGCUGCCACCAGGUUACGUUCCUGGGCAUGGCGUGCAGAAGGCUACUGCAUAUGGGGGGUUUGGCGAAAAGCUUAUGAAGCAGAUGGGCUGGCAGGAUGGCCAAGGGCUUGGUCGAGACAAGAAGGGUAUCAAGAAAGCCAUUCAAGUCAAGCCGAAGGACGAUACAAUAGGGACGACCUUUGCUUGGGAGAAGAAGUGGUGGGAGGAAGCAUAUGACAGCAAGGCCAAGAAGAUCCAGGCCACGCUCGACAAUUCUGACUCAGAUGACUCCGACGAUGAUGUCAUUAUUGAUGUCAACCGCGAUGGCACGCGAUCCAGUGCUCACGAGCACGAGCGCAAGAUAGCAGCAGCACUGGCGAAGGAUCCCUGGGGCAGGUUUGGCGGUCGGGAAGGCAAGAUGGCGCGCAUUGCGCGGCAGGAGGCGGAGAUGCUGGCCCGAAUGCAGGGUGGGCAGGGUGCCAGCAUCAGUCAGCCGGACAGUCAGGUCACUGAUGCAGGCGCCUCUCAAGCAGCUACGCCGUCAGGUGCAGAGACGAGCAGGUCAGCAGCCGCGCAGGGCAGCGGAAAGGGGGUGAAAGCAGGAAAGAGGAAGCGCAGUGCGGAGGAGCUUGCCGCUCAGCAGGAGUCUCUUCCACGAGCCAGAAGGGAAAAGGGGGCCCAUGCAGAAGCAGGAAGCGAUGCUGAGGGUGCAGACACUCAGGGCGUCGGAUCAGAGAAGCCAGGGAAAGCAAAGGGGAAGAAAAAGCGGAAGCAGAAGGCCGCAGAAGCAGGGCAGAAUGACGAGGCAGCACAGGAGGCAGCGGCCAACGGGGCGCCCAGUCAGCGGCGGGUGCAUGUCGUGCGGUUGGCGCAGGAUGACUCAUCAAACAUCGCCCCCUUCAGUAGCACACCUGCAUCCGGGUGGUGGGGGGCGUCCAGAUUCAGGUCAGCAGGGUGCUUAGAGGGGCUGGAGCACACAGCGGAGCAUGUGAAGAAGGAGCGGCAGACCUUCACGGAGCAGACACAGGAGGACUUGUACACUGCCACCCAGGCCGCCAAGGUCACCGCCAAGAAGGGCCUCGGCACUUCCUCCAUGCCACGGAAGGUGGCGGGUGCCCGCUGGCAGGGCAAGAAGACGCUGAUAGGGGAGGAUGACGAGGCAGAGGCGGGGCCCCAGGGUGCUGAGGUGGCUGAGGGCAGGGCGGAGGAGCCGAUGUGCCUCCAGAAUGCCAAGUGGAAGAAGCUCGCAAAGGCUGCUCUGCUGGAGGCGCCAGACAGGAGAAUGUCAGUGAAGCGCCUCAGGCAGGUGGUAGUGAAGGCUGCACUAGCAAAGGAGGGCAUCACAGCUGUCAAGGCGACCCGCAAAGCACUGCAGGACGCCAUGCUUGCCAAGGUGUCAAGCAGUUCCAUGUUUGCUGUGGAGGAUGGCUUUGUGCGCCUGCUGUGA